AUGGCAGCAGGCCUCCUCGGUUUGAUGAUCCAGAGCGAGGUCAUCCCGAACGGCAUAGAGUUUGUGGCGCGGAAGCCCACACCUACCUACCUACACAGUACACUCCUCCCUCAGGCCCCGACACCGACACUGCCGCCGUCGAGCCUGGAUCUUGUCUUUUACUUUGGGGGUCCAUCCUUACAGAUACUCUACACGUAUCCAUACGGUACGGGAUUGAUGGACCAGGCCCUUUUCAUGUACGCGGCGAUAGAGUUCGGCGACUCGAUAGGUAAGGAUGAAACCGCAGUCCGUAUACUCCCUCCCCCCCUGGCCGGAGCAUGUCAGAUGGAAGUCUUCUACAAAGGCACGGCCAAAUCAGAGCACGGACAUUUCUUUGGCGACCAGCAGCAGCGGCAGCGAGUUGCUGUCAGCAAGCAACGCGUCGCAACGCAUCGCAACGCAGAGGGAGGGAGGAGUGCAGUGCAGUCGUCGUCGGCUCCAACCCUACACCCCCUUCAAGGUCAAUUGGACGACCGUUGCUGCUGGCGAGAAAGAGAGGGCGGGCGGACCAGCAGCAAUCCAGGUACCGAGACACCGCAGACACAGGUGCCAUUAUCCAUGGUGCGGGUCGAGCAGCAGCAGGCCAGCAGCAGGCCAGCAGCAGCUUUGGAUCAUGGAGGGAGGAGGUUACACCGUGACCCCACCAUGAAAUGGCGGGAAGCAACGCGGCGGCCGUGGCGCAUUUCCCAAGACGAAGAGGAGGACAAGGAGCAGGAGGGAACAGCACUUCAGCCUGCGGCUCGUUCGGGCAGCUUUCCAACCUGA